UCUCUUUCACCCGGCCGCUGUCUUUGAUUCUUAUUUUUUGGUUUUUAUUUUAUUCGAACCGAACAACUUUGCAUAAUUGUAUGCGAAAUGGUGAAUCCGGCUAUUUCGGUUUCAAUGGGUUUUCAACUGAUUUUUUUUUUCGUGAAUUUGAGUUCGCUGUCGAGGAAAUGGGUGGUUUUGGUUUGGGAUUCAGGCUUUUGAGUCACCGGACAAGUUUUUCUUGAAUUUCGAUUUUGUGCCUCUGAACUCAACUCAGCUAAAUCUAACACAACUGAUUCUGUUUUUGCUAACAAAGCGAGGAGAAGUGCGGAGAACCAACUCUACACAGAGUUCAUGGAGGGAAAGCAAUUGAAUUUUAGUGCACCACUUCUAUCAGUGAGGCGAAUUUCAUCGACAUUGAGUUCUUCAGAUGGACAGAAAAGGAAGAUGAUUGAAAAUCCGCGGCCCAAUAGACAGAUUUCUAUUCCUUCUUACAUACCAUACUCCAGCGUCGAUCAGGUGACAGAACCAGUUGCAGUCCCUUUUCGCUGGGAGCAGAUUCCGGGAAGAGCCAAGGAUGGAAGUGAACCAGAGCUCCAGUUGCAUGAUGAAGAGCUUUCAAGCACUCCAAGGGUUCCACCAGGGAGGGUUUUUGAUGUUAUACAGAAGCCUGCAGAAAUUGAAUCUGACAAUCGAAAUAUUUUUAGGCCCCAAAAUGAAACAUCUUCCUUGGAUGAAAAUUUUACUAACUUGGAGGGAUUACACGAGGAAGGAGAUUCUGAUAACGAUAGUGGCAGCGAUGCCUAUUCUGAUGCGGUUGACUCACUGUCCCCAACGAAUUCAUUGUCUUUAAGCUGUAGUGUUAGUGGUUUGAGUGGGUCUGAUGGUCCAGAUGUCAAACCUUCUGGAACCUUCUCCAUAGAUCCACAAACUCGAGAUCUUAUGAUGAAUCGCUUCUUACCUGCAGCAAAGGCAAUGGUCUUGGAAACACCUCACUAUGCUUCAAGGAAGCAAUCUGUGGUACUUGAACAACCUAGACAGGUUAAAAGGGUGAUCAGCGAGGAUACAAAACCUUCUCUUAAUAAAUAUUCGACAGACAUCAUACCGUAUUAUGGCCAAUAUGAAGAGGAAGAGGGAAGGGAAAGUGAAGAUGAACAUGAUGAAUAUGAUGCUUCUGGCAACAUACCAGGUUGUGGAUUAAUUCCCCGGUUUUGCUUAAAGAAUUCUUUGUGCCUCUUAGAUCCAGUGCCAGGGAUGAAAGUAAGGACCCGGGUUCCCAAAUCUUCUGCCCGAGUUGUUAAAAAACUGUCCAAGCAUGCAUAUGUCAGAGAUCAUGACCGAAUUGUUACAAAGAAUGCUUGGGAUGCUUUUCGUCGGAACCAAUUAGAUUAUGAAGUCCAAUCACCUAAGUUGCAUGAAGUUGGGAAUAUGAUGACUGUGGAAUCCAAUUGUACCUAUUCCAGUGACUCACAAGCAACAGAUGGGUCAUCUCCCCACAGACACUCAAGUAGCGGCGGUGGCAUAUCUCCAUACAGGAAUGAAGCACCUCACUCUCCCUUUCAUGAAGGAAUGGGGUUCCUUGGUGUACCUAUAGAAGUUGACAAUUUCAAGGCUGAUAGGUUAAUUUUUUAUAGCCAAGCCUGUAAGAACUUUUCGGAGAUAUUAUCCCCCGAAGAAAAUAAACAAGGGCCAGGCUCAGUUAGCCCCAUAGUUGAGAAAACAUUGUACAUAGAUUCUGUAGAUGUUGCAGAAUUUCAACAUCCAAGUUAUUCUGACACCAAGGAGCUGAUGGACACUGCUGGUUUAGAUUUUGGGACCUUGGUAGAAAGAAGAGGAAUAGAAGAAGCUUCUAGUGCAGAAUCUUCUUUUCAAGAUAUAAGAUGCCUGAACAUUUCAAAGGGGGGCAUAUUGAAAUUAAAAGCCCCUGGAUCUGUUGACUCCCUGCCUUCAUCCUCUGACAUACCACAUAUCAAUAGCCAAGAAGACACACUGGACAGCUUUAGACUGGAUCAAGGUCUCGAUCAGGAAUUUAGGUCCUUGGAAUUCUCCAAAGGGCCUAUUGAUGGAAACCUAAGUAUGAACAAUGAGCAGAUUCUAAAAGCAGAUGAUCAAGUUGAUUCAAAUGUCACAUUCUUACAGUCCCCUGUUCCCCCAGCCUUACCAAAGUCACCUUCUGAGUCUUGGCUCUGGCGUACUGUUUCUUUGCAGAAACCACACCAAAGAAGCAAGUUUCAUCCUAGAAAGCAGGCUCCCAAGACUUCCUCCACGGAUACAAAGUGGGAAACCAUUGUAAAAACUUCUAAGUCGCAUUAUGAUCAUGUACGCUAUUCUGAGGAACUAAUUGCUCAUGUUCCUCAGCUACCCAAAACUUGAAAGUGCUAGGAUCCCAUGAAGUUCUUAUUCACAAUAUUAGGAUGUUUUUAUCCAAUAUUGUCAAAGGUAAUUGUAAUUUUCCAGAGGUCCCCUUACCCUAUUGUUCUCACUGAUGUUAUGUUAGGUAUAGUGGAAUUCAGUGUGGUUAUUUCUUAUUUUGUCAACAGAAGUUUAUACUUACUGUCCAUUCCUUCUCUUACAUCAGAAUGAGGCUGAGGUGGUAGUCAUAUAUUGGAUCAAAUUUUGUUUGUUGUAAUGCUCAUUAAAUUUUCUUGCUUCAAUCUGGUUUCUUUGUUUGCCUCACAUGUCUGUAUUUUCAUAAAAGAAUACCCCUUUUUGGUUGUGAAUGAAGAUGCUGCUUCCUUGGUAGCUUACAGAUUU